CUCUUUUUGUUAGUUUGCAGGCUGAAAUCAUCGAUCAGCUUUCUUACUCGACCAGAUCGACCAAAUCUUGCUUAUCAUAAACUAAAAGGCAGGAGUCCAGGGGUUAUUUUCCUUCCAGGCUUUAACUCAAAUAUGAAUGGCCAGAAAGCAACUGCUCUUGAAGAUUUCUGCAGCUCUUUAGGUCAUGCCUUCAUCAGAUUUGAUUACACAGGAUGUGGAAGUUCAGAUGGUAAAUUUGAGGAGUGUACAAUUGGGAAGUGGAGAAAAGACGUUCUGUCUAUACUGGAUGAACUUACAGAUGGACCACAGAUUCUGGUUGGCUCCAGCUUGGGUGGGUGGCUGAUGCUUCAUGCUGCGAUAGCACGUCCAGAUAAAGUAGCUGCUCUAGUUGGAGUAGCUGUGGCAGCAGACUAUCUUGUAACAACUUUUAAGAAGCUUCCCAUUGAGGCGCAAAAAGAAAUAGAAGAAAAAGGUGAAUGGAAGUUUCCAACAAAGCAUAAUGACGAAGGAUAUUACUCCUUGACAUACGACUUUAUCAGAGAAGCGGAAAAUCACUGUGUGCUGAAUAGUCCUAUUCCUAUAACGUGUCCCAUGCGACUUAUCCAUGGCAUGAAGGAUGGUGAUGUCCCUUGGCAGAUCUCUCUGCAAGUCGCUGAUCGUGUUUUGAGCAAAGAUGUGGAUGUUAUCCUCCGCAAAGUUGGCCAGCAUCGGAUGAGCGAGAAGGAGGAUACAAAACUUCUCGUGAAUACUGUUGAUGAUUUAAUUGACAAGCUGGCAACACUAGCGUAA